CAGCUGAUUUGUAUUAAAAUGACAAAUCCACUGUUAUUGAAACAUGAAUUUUAAAAACUCAUUUAAAAUCCACUGUUAUUAAAUUUGACAUUUCUUAUAGUACUCUGAAAUCCACUGUUAUUGAAAAUAUUUUAAGUUGUGGAGUUUUAAAGUUUUCAGGUGAUUUUAGGGUGUUUGGAUAGGAUUUCUUAGUUAAAAAAAUUAAAACCCAAAUCUCAUAGUUUUAGGUGGUAUUCUAGAGUAGUUUAACAAAAAUCAAUUAAAUCUCUACAAUUUAUUGAAAUCAUCUAAAACCCCAUUAAAAAUCAAAUCACAUCAAAUGUUAAAUUGAAUACAUCCCCCUAAGUUUGUUUUUGCUGUUUGUAAUGUAGUGAGAGACUAAUUGGCUAUUUUUUUUUUUCAAAAGAUGGCUGAAAAUGAACGUGGAUAAUACCUAGCAUGUAGAUACAAUACAUAGACACAAUUCAAACAAUGAGGAAUUCUCAUAUACACAAUACAAACAAUGAGGAAUCUCACAGAAUUCUCACCUUAUUCUGAGAAUCUAAGAAACAAUGAGGAAUCUCAUAUACACAAUACAAACAAUGAGGAAUCUCACAGAAUUCUCACCUUAUUCUGAGAAUCUAAGAAAAAAAUUCACUAUAAACAAAACAAAAGACAUAAUCGGAGCAAAGAGGAACAAAGUGAAGUUUAGCUGCUAAAUGAAUGACAUGGACACACCCACACGCGCACACCAUACGUCAAUCCCGACUGAACUAAUAACUUGUUCGUAAGGACAAUAGUGUGCUCCAAACCCGUAAAAGUAUGCCAAUAAAUGCCAAAUCAAGCGGAAUAAGAGGAAACAUGAAACGUGAUUUUGAUUUAUAAAAACAAGAUGAAAGAUAGAAAACGAGGACAUAAUAUUUCAAUGCAUACACUCAACAUCAUUUUCACUAGAUAUUUCUUUUACCUAUAUUUUGAUUCUUGUAAAAGUUGUUUACUCCUACUUUUAUUUCAAGAUCUUGAUUAUUUUCUCAAAAGACUAUUCAUUUUUCCUUAUAUACGGAGACGAUUCUGAUUACUCUCAUGGUUAUUUUAUUUUUAUUUUCGUUGUGUAGCAAAACUAUUAAGCCAUAGAUGAUUGUUAGACUGAAAGAAACUGCAAAUAAAAUUGAAGUCUAAAGUGAUUGUUUGGUUAUAUUCAAAUCUUAGAAUUUCUUAUUGAGAUUAAAAAUCUAAAGUGAUUCACAAAAAUUUGCCUUCCAUAAAUUUUCAAGUUCCAUAUAAGUACUUAUAUUCAUUCAUUUUUAACUAUAAAUAAUCACUCAGAGUAUUUUAAAUUAUUUUUUAUUUUUUUAAAAAGAAAUCUUUAUCUUCUAAUAAACGGAGAUUUUAAAAUGAUUUGAAUAGUUUUUGCAAAUGUUGAAUACAUCAGUACAUGACUUUAAAGCAUUUUUACAAGGGAAGAUUUGGUAAGAAACCAAAACUCCUACCAUAUCAUUGAACCAAUAUACCUUAGCUCAUUAUAAAUAGAAAAUGUACAUAAACGCUAGUAGAUACUGAAACAGAGCGUUAAAAGGCAACAUCAGCAUUAGUUAAGCUAGCUCCAAUUUCCUCUCUUCUUUAUUUUUCUUGAUUACAAAACUAACCACACCUUCCUUCUCAUUAUUACAACACUAAAUCCCCAUUAAAAAUACAAAAUUCCUGAUUCCCCCCAUCAAUUAUAAAUAGAAAUCCCCUCAACGAGCUUAGUGAUCUUCUAACCAUACACCAUCUCUAUUUUUCCAGCCGCCUUUAAGCACUCUCUCAAGGAACAUGUCUCCGAACGUUCUCCGGUGGUUUAGCCUCGUCGCUCUUCUCUGGCUUCAAUCUAUCAACGGCACCAACUUGAGCUUCCCUGCUUACUCUUCACAGCUCAAAGAGUUUCUCUCAAUCUCUCAGUUUAAACUCAACUACCUCUCUUUUGCCUCCGACGCCGGAAAAGUCCUGGGAUUCAUCUCCGGUAUCGCCGCCGUUCACCUUCCUCUCCCUCUGGUCCUUCUCGCCGGAGGCUCUUUAGGGUUCGCCGGCUACGGUCUUCAGUACCUCUCCAUCGUCAAAAAAAUGUUCACGUUAUCGUUUUAUCAGAUAUGGGGGCUGAGUUUCUUGGCCGGAAACAGUAUCUGCUGGAUCAACACGGCGUGCUACAUCGUCGCGAUAAAAAGCUUUCCGGUGAACCGUCAAGUCGCCGUGGGGAUCACGGCAAGUUAUCAAGGUUUGAGCGGGAAAAUAUACACCGACAUAGUCCACGCGUUCUUCUACUCGUCUCAACGUGAAGCCGCUUCAGGUUAUCUUUUGCUCAACUCUCUAGUUCCUUUGGUCGGUUGUGUCGUGACGGCUCCUAUGCUGAUGAGAGAAGCCAAAGCAACGUCGUAUUCGUCUCGGGACGUUAAAAUGGGUUUUAUCUUUCUGUUCGCUGUGACUAUAGCCACGGGGAUUUACGCGGUGGCUACGAGUCUUCUCCCGGCUCCCGCGGUUUUAGUACUCGUAGGCAUAGUUUUGUUUCUCCUUGCUCCUCUCGCUAUUCCUUUUGGAGUUAGGCUCGAAGAGGUUAUGACUUGUAGGAGAAGUCAACAAAAGGUGUACGACUUUGAAGCUCCUUUUGAAGAAGAUGAAAAGGAGGAGGAAGAGGAGUUUGAUGAUGAGAAGGCGAUAAUUGGGGUUAAAGAAGAGGUCGAGUGGACAAAACUAUGGAAGAAACUCGAUUUUUGGACAUAUUUUGGACUUUAUUUGUUUGGUCCAACGGUCGGGCUAGUGUUUAUGAACAAUCUUGGUCAGAUCGCCGAGUCUCGUGGCUGUGCCGCGACCAGUUCCUUGGUCGCUCUCUCGUCAUCGUUCGGGUUUUUCGGCCGCUUGCUUCCUUCGUUACUCGACUACUUCCUCUCUAGGAACAAAUACAUGCCAUCAUGCCCGGUUUCUAUGGCGGUCUCACUGGUAGCGAUGGUUGCUUCGUUUUUACUUCUCCUCAUUGACUCGGACGUCGUUCUCUAUAUCAGCACGGCGAUGAUCGGUGUUUUCUCUGGAGCAUUGACUUCUCUCUCCGUCACAAUGACUGCAGAGCUUUUUGGGACAAAACACUUUGGAGUUAACCACAACAUUGUUGUCGGAAGCAUUCCUAUUGGUUCUUUCGCUUUUGGUUUAUUUGCCGCUAAAGGUUACCGCGAUGGAGCUGCCUUCGACGGACGUUUUGACGGAAAGUGUUACGGGAUGUACUGCUUUCAAACCACUUUGAUCUUUUGGGCAAUGCUCAGUUCUGUGGCCGCCGUUCUUGCUGCCGUUUUAUAUCUACGGAAUCGCAAGUUCUACUCGCAGAAGCCGUGAAGAAGAAACACAACAAAUGCACGCAAGCUUUCACUUCAUCAGACGAAUCAAUUUUUUUGGUUCCAAAACGAAAUUUUUGUGUGUACAGUUAUGCGUUUUGUGUUACACCAACGGUGGGAAAGUAAAUUUUUUGUAUAGUAACGUGCAGUAAGAAAUAGAUAGAGAUAGAGAUAUUACACAAUGAUGUAACGAUCGAAGUUUUUAUUAAGAUCCACUUUUUUAUAAGGUGUAUGAUAGUAAACUCAAUGUUUUGCUAGAUUAGUGUAAGAUCAUUUAUUAACGCAGAAGAAUUUAAAACGACUUUGCUUGAAUAUAAGUGGUAAAUAUGACAUUAGCAAUUUUCGGGUGAGUCCAAUUAAUAUAUCCCAACAUAAUAUUCUGUUGGUGCGUAGUUGAUGUUCUCUGGUUCGAACGUGGGUCCAAGAAUCUUGAUCAUGCGGCUGUUAUUCAAGUCAUUUUAAUUCUGAUGUGAAAUUUUUUUGUAUGGGACCCCAACACUAAUCAAUUACUCUCACCUAAAUCAGAUUAUUUGGAUUACUCUAUGUCCAUAUAUUUUUAUUCGUAUGUGAUUACUAGACGUUAUUUAAAACAUUUUGUGAGAGAGAGACGACGGGAACGUAUUCAACCACGAGAAGGCCACCUAAACUAAUAUAUGGUCGAGAUGAAGACAUGCAUGAUUUACGGCUAUGCAGAAUUUAAGAUUUGAACUUCAUACCUAUAUUUAUUGUAUGCAUUAAAGCAUUUUAUUCACUAUUACUGAAAUGUAUGACAAUUUUUACGUGGAAAUAAUUUAUUUUUAAUGUGUUAUUACGAUACUCGUUUUGCAGCAUUUAGGUUGGUGAUUUGUACUACUAUUACCUUUUUUUUUGUUAAAGUAUACUACUGUUACCAUGCUAUAACCCUAAUUCGAAUUCGGAAAUAUAUAUGCGAAUUAUUCUAACUUAUUUGCUGAAGUCAUAUAUAAUUUUUUAAUAGCAAAAUAUCUGAUAUGUUUUUACUUCUAUAUUUUGGUAGAAAUGGUACCAUAUUUUACAUUUAUUUAAAACCCCGAUGAAUGAAUUAUUGUACGACUAAACUUACUUUCAAAAUCGAUUACUACGCAAAUAAACCCUUUCUAGUAAUAGUUUAUUUUUUUUACAAAUUACAACAAAAUAAUGGUUCAGUUUGAUAACAACUUAUCUAGCUAUCUAGUAUCUAUCAACUCAUCUCGAGUGAACGUGUUAAAAUCUCAAAUCUGUAAAAUCAUAACUUAAAAUAUAUGAA